GCCGCCGCCAGCAGGCCAGCAUGAAAAUGCGCAACUCUGUUUCUAUCUUUUGCAUUUUCAACGUCUUUGUGAUCGGUUGUUGUUGUUGGGUCGCGGAUGCCUAAAUCGCUUCGGUUCUGUAGUUGAUAGCUGAAUGGAGCUCGAUUCGGUCAAAUGUUCGAUAAAGCCCCGCCGCCACCGCUGAAUUGCCCCACUAAAUCCUUUGCCCCGCGAGUUGUAUAACAAAGAGCGAUGUACAUAUGAUGUAUUUGAAAUAACCCACACAAAGUUGAAAAAUACAUAAUACACGAAAAUGUAAACUGGAAGCGCGCGAGCAAAGCACAAAACAACAAGCAACAAAUAAGAAAAAAAUUAUAAUAAUAAAACAAACGAAAAAAAACGUGUGCUGUAUAUAAAUAACAAUAUAUUAAGUGAUUUAAAUGUAAACCGUCAAAUAAGAAUAAGUGCGAGACAGCCAGCAAACUUAAAGAGGAACAAACUUGAAACGACAGCGGCAACAAAAAACGCAAAGCAACAAUGUUGCACAAUAAUCAGCCAACAACAACACCAGCAGCAGCAGCAACAACAACAGAUGGCCAUGGAACGGAGCCAACAAUUGAAACGCACCUUGCAGCAAAAUCAUCAGCUGCAGCAGCAGCAGCGUCACCAAAGGAAAUAGAGGCAACAUCGCCGCCAAUAGUAGACGAGGGUCAGUCGCUGACAGCAGCAGCAGGAACAACAGCAUCUUUGUCAGCUGUUGGCGAGCAAACAGAAACAGCUGAUGUCGUCGUCGCCGCCGUUGCUGCUGCUGCUGCUUCAGAAUCGCCCGCAUUCGAUUCUCAGAUGCGAACGCAGCAACGUCAGAAGAUUAAGAUAUACCACGAUGCGCGACAGACGGCUGUAUGGCGCACCGAUUCGUUGGCCUCCAAUCCCAACUCGACCAUGUGCCCGGAUUUUGGCAGUUCCGGAGGAUCAGUUGCUGGAGGAGGAACAGGAACAGGAGGCCUAGGCGUACGGAGCAUCAUCCUGUCGACGGCACCAAGCUUGCUGCAGCGCAAAGCCUCGGACACCUCACUGACCUCGAGCAUACCUCGUCGCGUCUCAUUUCCGGAGAACCAGCUGGUCACCGGUUAUCUGGAGCCGGCCGAUCCAUGGAAGCAAGUUUGUCUCGUCCAGAGCAUUGCUGAAAUUGUCGAUCAGUAUGUGGACUCGUGUAGAAAGCAUAAAACGGAGCCCCUAAAGAGUGUAAUGGAUCACCUAAAGAACCUGGAUCUCAACCAGGUGCGGCAGCCCCUGCUCCCACUUAAAGCAAAUCAACUGGCGGCCAACGACUGCGAAGCUCUGGAGGAGAUUUUCAAAAGGAUACAAUACAAAUGCAUCGACCUGUCCGACUGCUCACUGGAUGAAAGCUGCCUAAUGGCCCUGUUUCAGAUGAUUGAAUACUACGAAGCGGCUAACGAGCUGGAUAUAUCCUACAACAAGGAGCAGAUGACGAAGCGAUGCUGGGAGCUGUGCGCCUACAUGGUGGAGCGCAGCCAAGAGCUGCAGCUGCUCAACGCCGAGAGCAAUCAGAUUACCAAGUUGGGUGCCGACAGUCUUGGCCGGGCUUUGGGCUCCUCCAAUUUGCAUACCCUGAAGCUGGAGCACUGCGGCCUAAGGGGUCAGCCGCUUGUCCAUCUGUUAUCCUUCGCAGGUCGAGGUCUAUACCAAAACAAAAUGCUCAAGGAGCUGUGGGUGGGCUAUAAUGAUCUGGACUGUGUGGAUGCCCAGCACAUAGCGGACAUGCUGCGCUACAACCAUAGCUUGGAGCUCAUCGACAUUAGCAACAACAACAUUAGGAACGAAGGCGUCAUGUACCUAGUGCAAGCCCUCAUUCUGCAGUCCACCGAGCUGGAGCGACGUAUGGGUGCCCUCAAGCGAACACGUGCCAUUGAGGUGGAUGAAUGCUCGUCGCCUGUGGAUUUGGAGCCACCAACAGCAGCAGCAGCAGCAGCAGUAGCUGCAGGGCCACAGUCCGUCAGCUCUGCCGGCAGUCAAGCGACGAAUGAUGUCGUUGAUAGUGAGUCAUCAUCUUCAUCAUCCUCGGUAGCCUCAAUUCCAGAGGCUCCGGCGGAGGAGGCAGUAGUCACAAAUUUAGAUCAACCCGCCGUGGGUGUCCUAAUUGAUGUGGAGAAUGACAACGACGACGACAAUACCGAGGACACUGUUCGCACAGUGAAGAACUGCGGCCAGUCCAUGCUGGACAAGCUGCUGUCAAUGAACAGCGACAGCAGCAGUGAGGAGGCGCCUUCAAACAUUUCCACCGACACGCUGGCCGCUUGCUGUUCCGAAGAUAUCAGUGAGAUAAGCAAUGAAAUCUAUGAAGUCACCAGCCCGAAACAAGCAGUGGCAGAAGCAGGACCAGAGGGCCAGGAGAGCUCAAACUCUGGCCCGGCUGAGUCACAACCAGCGCCAAGUGCUGCAGAGGCACAACAACCUGUAGCUGUGCCCGAGGAGGAGCCGCUGUCUCCGACGCAUCAACAUCAACAUCAACAUCAACAACAACAACAGCAACAGCAAAGUUCCCAAAACGAACGCAACAUAUGUGAUAUUACUCCCUCAACAGAGGCUAAAACCGUUAAACCCAAUGAAUCCUGUGUACAGAACAACAUCAUCAACAACAAUAAUAAUAAUCAAGCUAACAAUGCCCACAAUACCUACAACAAUAACAUAAUCCAAUCGCAGCCAUCCGCAGCGGGAGCAGGAGCAACAGCCACUGUUGCUGUUGCGUUAACACAACCCACUGAAGUCGUUGUCAGUCCCAAUAGUUCCUCGCCAGCAGCCAUAUUUGAGGUGACCGCCGAAGAGAGCGACUGCAUCAAUGGCAGCGUAGCGUGUGGGGCUGGCGGUUCGCGACCCCUAGACGUGAACCAGAAUGCCAGGACGCCGGGUGACGACUUCGAGGAUACGCACAGCACAGACUCGGCCUUUGAGAGUGCCUCCGAAGGCGAUAUAAGUCGCCAUUUGCCCGACGAAUUCAGCAGGCUAUCGGUAUCGCUUGAGAGCACGCGGCUAGAUGAUAUGGCAAAGGAAAUGGGUGGCAUUGAGACGGCUACCAUAGCCACAGAGUCCACCGAGUGUCUGUUUGUCGCCCAGGAGGCAACCAUGCCCACGCCGGCCGCUCCGGUGCUGGCAAAAUCCCAAGACGAUGCAUUCCUACCGCCGAAGGUAACCAUUGCCGAGGAGUGCCUGCAGGCAACCAGAGAACUGAGCCCCAGUUCCUACCCGUGUCCCAGUCCAGUGCCAACGCCGCCACCGCCCUCCACAUCGCCGGGUGGAGCGAGCAUUGGACUAAGGCGAACAGAGUCCAGUUGCGCCUACCUCAACCAGUCCUCGCGCAACCGAUCCCAGAGCUCCGAUAGCCUGUGUAGCGAGACCUCGCUGGACGGUAGUAACAGUAACAACAGCAUCAGCUCCAACACAUCCAACACCUCUAACGAUCCGAAGUUCGCCGAAAAGCUGACCAAAAACGAUACUCUCUCGCGCCGCCAGCUGGCCGAGGCCACUUUGGAGGCCGCCAAUCGUUCGCCCAGCGGCCUGAAGGCCCUCACCUUGUGGAACAAUAAUCUGACCAAGGAUUGCGCCACUGCCGUAGCCGAGCUGCUGCAGAAGACCAUUUCCCUGGAACUGCUCAACAUUGGAAAGAACUGUUUGUCCAAUGAGUUUGUGGCCACAAUCAAGGAGAGCCUCACGAAAAACACCACGCUGACAACGCUGGGGCUGCAGAGCGCACAUCUGAGUGCCAGGGGCGUCGAGACGCUGGCCACAAUCCUAACCUUUGGCGGCAACAGCAAGCUGCAGCGCAUCGAUAUCCGUGACAAUAAGCUGGAAGUGGAAAGUCUGAACAUAAUCGCCGAGGUGCUCAAGUCCAACAACACGCUCACCCAGAUCGAUAUCAAUGACGAGCCCAAGCGUCUCACGAUCGGCAGCGAUGCUCACUUAGACUACACAAGGGUGCUGGGCACCGUGCGUUCCCUGUGCUCGCGAAACGAGAAGCGGCAGGCGCAAGAGCUAGCGGAGAGGACGGUGAAUGCGGGCGGCAGCGGCAGCAAUACAAGUGGUGGCGGUAGCUUCCCAGGCGGCUCCCGGUGUCGCGGCGGUUACUACUUGGGCUCGCGGAAGAUCUCGCUAACCUGCCACAGUCGUCCCUUUGUGGACGCCGUCACUGGCACUGUCACGGCAAACGCAACUGCGACCGUUGCAGCAACCGCCCUGCCCACACCGGCCGCCCUGCUGGAGGUGAAGCGUAAGGGCGGCUCUCGCCUUCGCUCGCCCGGCCCCAGUCCGCCCACAAUAUCGCCGUCCUCCUCGCCCAAUCGCAGUAGCCGCUUCCACGUGUCGCGUGUUACGGAGGUGGCCAGCAGUCCAUUGAUCUCACCGCUGGCCCAGCAUCCGCCGCAGCAUACACCGCGCUCGGCCAGCAGCUGCAUGUCCAUACCCACCAUCAGUUCGCCGGGAGGCAGUCAGAGCAGUCUCAAUACACUUGGAGCCCUGCCCACCUCCAGCUCGCUGCCAGCGAUGGCUUCUGUCACCUGCUCGACCCAGACCGUGAAGCGGCUGUCGGUGUCGCCCAGAUCGCGUUUCCAUGUGUCGCGAAUCUACGAGGAUCCCCAGGUGCCGCUGGCCAAUCGCCAGCUGCCGCCAAUCACGCCGCACACGCCACCCAUUGAUCUGCCGCCAACGCCGAUGCUCAAGUCGGCAAGGAAGGCUGUGCAGCUAUCGGAGGCAGCGGAGGCGGCAGCAGCAGCGGCAGCCUCUGCGGUAAGCAGUGUUAUGAUUAUAGAGCCAAGCGAUAAUACAAGCGCUGAGGGAAAUGAUAGUACAAACGACGAUGACCGACAGAAGCUUUCGCCGCACGAGACCAAUUCACCCACCGUAAGCAAUUCUUCGCCCGGGAGUAACAGCAGCAGUAGCAACAGCAGCGGAAGCGGAAGCGGAUGCAGUAGUAGCACCACGAACGAUGCAACAGACUCUGUAGAUUCAAGUGCAGAAGCAGCUCCACCACCCAGGACCUGUCCCCUGGCCGUGUUUGGCGAUAAUGACAUCACGUUGACCAAGGAAUCGGCUGGUGUGGUUGCUCUCUCCGCUGCUGCUGCUGCUGCCAUGAAUCCAGUUUUGGAAUCGGAAACAGAAGCCAUGCCACCUGCCGAGCCCGUCAGCAACAAUCCCCCACAGACGCGGGCGCGAAAGACUUCGUGGAUAGCCAAUCCCUCGGCGGUGGAUAAGCUUUUAACGAUUUUCCAAACAGGCACCAUUUUCCAACGCAGCUCCUCGCCGGAAUCGAAGGUCAGUCAAGUCACCGCCAUCACCACAGCAACCACAACAGCAACAAGCGUCGGUGGCGGGGUAGGAGGAUUAGGAGGAGGAGGAGGAGGAGGAACAGUAGGAGGCGGCGACUGCAGUUUUACCAAUGCAACACCAAAUCCCAUUCUAUCGGUGGCACGAAAAAAUUCACCCGCCUCUUGGACAUCUCUGACCGGCAGCAAUAUAUCAAACUCCAGCCAAAAUGUUGACUCUGGCAGCUCAUCCUUCCUGGACACAGCCUCAAGGCAGUUGAGGGAUUUCAGCAAGCAAGUCUUUCGCCAGAACAUAUCCUUCAACAACAGCAGCGGCGGCGGCGGUGAUGCCAGUGUCUCCGGCGGCGGCUCUUCGGCUGCCCAGCUCGAGGGUACCACAACAACGGCAACGUCCUCGUCGAGCAGCACAGAGUCGGCAUCGUCACCCGAGUGCAAUGCGGCCCACAUGCUGCCCAGUUUGAAGCGUCAGCUGAAGGAGAACAUAUCGCCGGAGCACACAAUUAAUGAGGAGACGCUGCACAGCCUGCAGAAGCUGUCCAGGGCUGAGGAUAUGACGCUCAAAGCGGAGGCAGCUUCGGAACUGGGCGACAUAGAAAUUGUGAUGCACAGCGAAGUGGUCGACUGUCCGCUGACAGAGGAGAAAUCACAGGACCAUGAGGAGACAGCGCCGAGUCUCGUUUAAACAGAAAACAAUAGAGAUCGAAUGAAAAAAAUACAGAGAACUCAACCGAGAAGAACACCUCCCACCCAGCAUUCCCAUGGCGCUUCUUUGUACUGUUAUCCCACCACCACCAGCCGACCUUGAAAAUACAAAGUCAAGGAUGAGAGAAAAUGGAAGGAAGUUUGGGAACCCAAACAAAAUUGAUAAAGUACACAAGUUAUUAUACUAACUUUGUUUUAUUUUUUGGUUAAAUUCAUUUUAAGUUUUAUAUAACAAAAAAAAAAGGAAAAAAUAUAAAUAUAUUUUAAAUAUACAAAUGUGGCAUAAGGAUGCAAAAACGCAGACGAAUUACGUGCUCAAUAUUCACUUCAUUAAGAAUGAUUAGUGGCCACCUUAGAGUUGAGAUCUCUCCUAUUUUGGCCAGCACUUUGCUUGAAGUGAAUACUGAACCUGAAACUAUAGAUAAAUUAACUUCUAUGAGUGUAAAAUAUUAAACCAUGAAAAACACAUAUAUAAACCCCAUUGUAAACACUAUUUGGCUUAGUGUUGUUGCCCAUUGAAGGCUGGUGGUGUUUUCGAAAGGUCCCGUUUAAGCUCUUAGAGAGAAGGUGGCGUAUGGAAGUUGAUUCGCAAAAUUAGUACUUACCGAUCCAACAAAGAAAUGAAAACUGAAACGCAAACGCUACAUACUUAAGUUAUUUUUAACUAAAUAGAAAGGAGCUUGAAUGUAACUUAAAUAGGAAAAUCUUCCCGCCAUAGGAUUACUUCAACACACCACAACCCCUCCCUUCGCGUAGGAAUGGCAGAAAAUAUCUAUAUAACGAUAAUUUAUCAAGGCCACGAAGUUCGAUAUAUAUCAUGUUAUUUUAACGUUGUAUUUUGGUUGAUAUAUCGAAGCAUUAUAAUCGAAAAAUCGAUAUAAUCGAAAAUAAUUUGUUUGGUAUUUUUUUCAAUAAAUUCGAUAUGUACAUUUUUGAAAAUUUCUGUCUAUUUUCAAUAUCAUAAAUUUCGAUUAUAUUCGAUAUGUUAUAGUUACAAUACCUUCGAUAUGAUAUCAUCGGACCAACUUUGUGCAAAGCCUUUUAUUAUUCGUUCUCUUUAUCCACUUUUAAUUUUGUCUAAAAACAAAAAAAGAAACUUGAUAGGCUGGAACUGAAUUAGUUCCACCAAAGUAUUAUUAUGAAUUGGAAAGUGUAAACAAAAAACAAUUGUUAUAUUACGUACUUAAUCAGCCUUUUUAAAUAUAAUUAAUUCCAACACUCAGCCCUCAAGCCACCCACGUAGACAGUUUUAAGUUUAACAUUCACAACAAAACCCAAAAAGCUAAACAACAACAAACAAACGGAAAUGAUGCGCAAACAAAAAAGUACCCAAAAUAAAUCCAAUUGAUCUCAUUAUGUGAUAUUUGUCGUAGUGCCCAAAGGCAAGCGUUCACUGUACGUGUAUCUAUAGCCGAAAAACCAUGCGAGAACACCGCCUAUCCAUCUAAGUUAAUCCACCAUAAUCCAUCUGCGACAGAUCCUCGCCAAAAAGGCUUUAGUUCGGGGAGAGAUCUGAGCUAUGGAACCUUUCAAAACACCAGCUUCCAAUGGGCCGACACAAAUAUAGAUGAAAAAAAAAAUGUUAAAACAAACAAAACACGUAUAUAUAUAGAUAUAUGAAACAAAAAAUAUCAUGUAAACAUACUUUAUUCACGAAAGAUACUGUAAAUACCGCGCGUGUGUACUCUCUUAAAAACAGGGGCUGAGUCUCUCGAUGUAGCUUAACCCCAAACACUGAGUUUUAUUAUUAUUUUAUUUUUUUUUUUAGCUUUUUGUUAAUCUUUGUUUUUGUUUACAACUUUAUUGUUUUAAACUAUAACUGUAACUAUAUAGACAUAAAUAUUAAAUACGUAUUUAAGUAGUCAAAGGCAAGUUUUCAAUUUUUUUUUGUCUUUCCAAAAAAAUGUAACAUCUUCUCGAGUUGAUGAUAAGGAAGAAUUAUUCAAUUCAAACUUACUUUGUACUUAAUUUACAAAAACGGAGAAGAGAUUUCCUGGUGCUCAUCAUCAAAUCCCUAGAUGUUUGCCUUAUAGCUAGAUUUCUAUUUUCGGCAAUAGAAACUUUACCACAUUGAAUGGAUAUUGGUUAACAAAGAAACAAACCUCUGAUGCUAAAUUCGAUCCAUCUCUUUCUUAAACAUUGGCGAAUUGAUAACUUUUUUUUUAUACAUUAAGUUUAUAAAAUAGAAAAAAAAAAAAACAAACAAACCUACUAAACUGAAAAAUUUAAUGAAUAAACAUGAAAGUUGUAAUGAAAUCAUUAA